CACAUUUGUAGGUCACAACUGAUGAUUUUCUGGUGGUUAUUGCUGCUUUUAAAUUAAGAACAGCGUUUCUAAACACUAGGACGUUACUAUCUUUACUGAAUCCGGGUGUCGCCGUUUAAAGCAUGGCGGACAGAGGACGCAAAGCAUUUCCCGUUUCUUCUCAUCUUUGCGAUGAGCGAUGGCAGCGUCACUGCAUGGACCUCCAUAAGCAACGGCUAGUAGAUAUGAAGCAUCGCAUUGACAAUACGAAGCCGGAGACGUUUGAUCUAGUGCUUUCGAAGGGCAAGCGUCAGAUGCUCGACAAGGAGCGGCAGACUGAAGUUGACAGGGAGAACGCUAUACUCCUGCAAAAAAUGGUUCGCAUCAAGGAGCAGGACACGCGCGCAGUGUUCCGGCCAUGGACAGCUCGGUCAACUUUCCAAUGGAAAGUGGGCCAUUAUUACGAUCCGGCAACGAACACCAAGACGUUAGACCACAUCAACCUAACCAGCAGCGUGUCUCCGCGCUCCAUACAUUACUUCGCGCUGACGCGUCCCGGCACUGCGCCGCCAGACGUAACGGCCCGUCUAAGGGACAUGGAAAUACAGGUUGAUAACACCAAGCUGCUCCGCGCUAUCACCACCAUGCGCACGCACUACAGCAACGAGGUCUUUGAGCGGCGCCACGCAGAGGAAAGCAUACUUGUCAACCGCAUCUCCAACUUCCGCGGCCCCGAAUCCGCCAGCAUCAGCGCCGCACGCAAUACGCCGUAUCUCGCUCCACUGACAGGCCGCUCGUCAAGCUCCAAUCGGGGCUCUCGGCAGGCCCCUCGAAUGGGCUGGCCCGCCGCUCCAACGUCCCCCAGCCAGCCGCGCUACGAGGAGGGCCAGGACCGCGAUGGCAUCCAUCUACCCUCCUUAUCCUGCGGCAAUUCCCGACCAGGCACCGCUGUGGGCGGGACGCAGGAGGGCCUUGGCGCGACGUCUCCGCGAGAGAGCGCAUCAUCGCACCGAAACGGCUCAUCGCGACAGAGCGGCUCAUCGCGGCAUAGCUUGUCCUCCAGGCACAGCGGGGGCUCGCUAGGGGGCGAGGCCCCUCAGGCGCAGCCGUCGGCUGGUCCCGUGGUGGGCAGCCGGCCAGGAUCCACCCACGCUGGGGGCAGCGCGGCGGGUAGCCAGUCCACCUCAACCAUGGCCGGUGCUUCCUUUUCUUUUGCUGGAAAGCGCGAGGAUGGGCGCAAGGGGAGCGCGAGCAGCGAAGGCCUCAAACCAUCGUCUUCUACGUCCUCAUCAAGCUCCAAGCGCAGUGUUGGGGGUGGGGCCGGCGCAGUUGACCCUGGGACCAGCGUUGAGGAUGAGUACGCAGACGAGCAGUACGAGCAGGAGGAUCAGGACGAGAAGCGGCGGGAAGAUGAAGAGGAGGCUGCCCAAAGCGAUAGGAGCGGGUCGAAGUCAAGCUCGGGGUCAGCUGUGCGCGCACAGGACCGUCGCGAGGAUGCCGGUAACAGCGGCUAUGAUGACGAGGACUUCGCUGCUGACGACGACACGAACCGGGUGUCAGGCGCGGUGGAGGAGGAUGACGCUUAUACGGAGCCGACGCCUCGUGACGACGGCGAUAGCGAUGAAGGCGCCGGUGGUGGUGUCCGCAAGGGGCCUGCUGGCGGGGACGAUGAGCGGCCAGCCGAGGACGGGCUGGAGGACCAGGACGCUGGCGAAGAGGCAGAGGCAUUUGAUUCGGCCGAAGCGGAGCUCCGGGCAGAGAUGAAGGCGAAGGAGGAAGCGGAAAUGAACCAGCAAUUCGCCGAUGAGAUGGCCGCUGAUGCAUAUGACGAUUAUGGGAUGGGCGGCGGGGCCGGGAGCAGCAUAGGCGCGGCGUCGUACAAUACGGCUCAAUCUCCCAAGGUCGGAGGAUUUGCAGCUGAUUGGGAUUAAGAGGCGGACUGAAAGUGCAUCUGGUAGUAAUUGCAUCGGCAGCAGGGCCAGACAUUCAUUCAUGUAGUUGGGGCAGGUGGCGGCGGGGGGCUGCUUAAGGGGCGGUGAGGUGACCACUGAAAAAUUGUUUGGGCGUAUUUAGCGCUUUAGGGCGCGAACGUUUCCGGUCUCCCGGGAAGCCACGUCUUCGCGGGGAUUUGCUUUGUGGACGGACCGGGGCAGCGGCGUCGCAUUUAUGCACUCUGGACGACCAGCCAUUAUGCAACUCCUAUAUUCAGUUUUGUUUAGGCAGGCUAGCCGCAGCUGUGACGUCUUGGGAUGCAUUCAGCGUAUUGGGUUUACUGUUUGCUAGCGCUGGCCCUUUUCAGUGCAGCAGCUGGUAUUUAUCGUUAUUUUUCCGGCAAGUAUCUCCGCUGGUUUGUACGCGAGUGGAACGCGUUCUCUCCAUUCACACUCGCUAGCAGUGUACCCAGUGACUGCUGCCGACGCACAAAGGAGAGUUUAAGUACGCAGCAUGUCCUCGAGGGCCUUUUGAUGUACUGAACUGGAGUGCGCGGUUGCGAUUUGGUCCGUGCUAAAUUGUGCCGCGUAAGCAGCUGUGUACGGUGGACCUAACUGCUAUCAGUCAGAUCCUCAUGGGGUAAGCCAUGGCCCUGCUGCCUCAUGCAUUUGGACUAUCUUAGAAUUCUCGAUCCAGAUCUCCAGAUAGACGAAAUUGCAACCCCGCCACCUUGGCUCGCUGGCCUCGCUGCCUGGCAAGCCUAUUCUGGGUUUAUAAUGUUGGUACCGCAUUGUACUGCUCAAACCGAAGUUGGCUGGAUCCAGCUUCAGCCUUUUCGAGUAGUGCCAUUAGCUUACCUAGGUGAAUUACUUGUUCACUGACGCAGCGUUAGUAGCUAAUUUUGUGAUAAGGGGAAGUGCAAGCGAAGUGGCGUGCCAGAACGUGUAACAGAAGAUGUAUC